UCGCUGCUGGUAGCGUUCCUGGAAACCGUUCUGGGUACCAGUGCACCUCUGGAUGGUGGGGGAAGGGAAGAGUUAAGGCAGAGCCCUCAGAGCAAGAGCAGCCCACUUUUGAAUCGACUUCACAGCUGCGCCCGGGCCGGGCCGGUGCCGGGGAGGUGCGCUGGGGAAGUCUGCCGGCCGCCGGCCGCUGGUGUUCACCCAGGUGCGGCUCGGGGGCCCCGGCUCCGCACGUGGGCGCAGCGCGCUUCCCAGGUCGCCUAGGUGGGCACGUCCCCAGCCAGCUCAGCCUUCCGCCCGCCGGGAUGUGCCCCCUCCGCGCAGUGCUGGGACUGCUGCUCCUGGGGGUGCUGGGAGCCUUCCCGCAGGAUGGAGUUCGGAGGGACACCUGCAAGGAAGGCCCCAACCACUCCUACGACGAGACUGCUGGGAGGUGCUGUUACCGCUGCCCCGUGGGGCUGACCUCGCAGCAGCCGUGCGCACGAGGGCCAUCGGACUGUGGGAAGCAGUGCGAGCCCGACUACUACCUGGACGGGGACGGCCGCUGCAAGGCCUGUGUGACCUGUGCUGGAGACGAACUUGUGGAGAAGGUGCCGUGCGCAGGGAACGCCUCCCGCGUCUGUGAGUGUCGGCCUGGUAUGUUCUGUGUCACCUCAGCCAUCAACUCCUGUGCCCGCUGUGAGCCCCACUCCACCUGUGCACCAGGGAUGGUCGUCCAGUUCCGGGGCACAGCAGAGAGGGACACCGUCUGUGAGGCACCUUCCCCAGUGACCAGCCCUGACUGCAGCACCAACCCCGAAGCCUGCCAGGCUCCCACCAGCAGCACCACCCCCCGGGCCGGGCCGCUUGGUUCUUCCUCAGCAAGCUCCAGGGCCAGGACCAGGACCAUGCUUCUUGGAGGGGGCGCUUCCCUCGCUCCAGAAGAUGAUUCCACAAUGAUGAGGGCCCCCAGCUCUCCCUCCUCGGUGCGGAAGCCCAGUCCAGAUCCAGGGCCGACCUCGCAGCAGCCGUGCGCACAGGGGCCAUCGGACUGUGGGAAGCAGUGCGAGCCCGACUACUACCGGGACGGGGACGGCCGCUGCAAGGCCUGUGUGACCUGUUCUGGAGACCUGGUGGAGAAGACGCCGUGCACGUGGAACUCCUCUCGAGUCUGCGAAUGUCGAGCUGGUAUGUUCUGUGCCACGUCAGCCACCAACUCCUGUGCACGCUGUAACCCCCACUCCGCCUGCCCGCCAGGGAUGGUCACCAAAGCCCAGGGUGCGGUCGAGAGGGAUGCCACCGGUGAGUCGCCUCCCCCCGAGGCCCGCCCUGAGUGCAGCACCAACCCAGAGGACAGCAAGGCACCCACCAGCGCCACUGCCCCUCUGGUCUCCUCGGCAGACCCCCAGAUCAGUAAGGAGCAUGGAGGGGGCAUCACCCACGCCUGGGGAGACACCCCCAUAUCAACAAGCACGCCCAUCUCUUUCUCUUCCACGGGAAAGCCUGUUCUGGAUUCGGGGUCGGUGCUCUUCUGGACGGUUUUGGUCCUGGUGAUGGUCUUGGGCUCCGUGUCCUUCCUCCUGUGCCACCGGAGGGCCUGCAGGAAGUGGAUUCAGCAGAAGCUCCACCUGUGCUACCCCGUCCAGACCUUCCGGCCCAAGCUGGAGCCUGUGGAUUCCAGGCCCAGGAGGAACCUGACACAGCUGAAGAGCAUAUCGGUGGUGGAGUCGGGCAUGGGAGAGUUGGGCUUGAUGAGCCCCCCGGCUGUGGAGACACCCCCCAACGGGGCAGCCUGCCUAGAGAGCAUGCGGCUGCUGGAAGCCAGCCCCCCUGCUGCUGGGAGCCCCUCAUCCCCCAGGGACCUCCCCGAGCCCCGGGUGACCUCGGAGCAUACCAACAACAGGAUCGAGAAGAUCUACAUCAUGAAGGCUGACACGGUGAUUGUGGGGACCGUGAGGACCGAGGUGCCUGAGGGCCGGGGCCUGGCGGGGCCGGCGGGGCCCGAGUUCGAGGAGGAUCUGGAAGUGGACCAUGCCCCCCGCUUCCCGGAGCAGGAGACAGAGCCGCCUCUGGGCAGCUGCGGGGAUGUCAUGUUCUCAGUAGAAGAGGAAGGAAAGGAGGCCCCCUUGCCCAUGACUGUCUCUGAGAAAUGAAGCCUGGCCUGGGUGGGGGCUGAGAGGGCAGCGGGGUGCCCCCUGGGAGACCAGGGUGGCCCUGAUGGCACCAGGCCGGUGGCAGAGGCCCAUGGGGCCCGAACUGAGGUUCCAGCAUCCAGGACUACAGGGGUUCCGGUGGUCUCUAGUUGCAUCCUCACCCCGCUGCCCCCUAGCCCAGACCCUCGGGGAGCCCGGGCUUGUGCAGGAGAGACAAGUUAGGGGCCGGAUCUGAAUGGCAGAGUUUGUGGGAGCAGCAGACGGACAGCGGGGACUGGGCACCUUGUCUCUGGACACUGGUGGGCGGAUGCCCAGAGCCCUGAGCCUCAGACGGACACCGCUGCGGCUGGAGCUCCCUUGCGGCAGAGGCUGUGAGAUACAUACCCCUGUGCCUUCUACUCUCCCCCUGGGCCGCAAGAGUGAUGCCCCCCGGACCUUGCCACCAUGCCGGCAGCCCCCAGUUACUGUAACGGGGCCCCCUGUGGGCACUGAGCCAGCACCUCCUGAGUCAAAACGGAAGCCAAGGGGUGAGGCGUCGUUGGCUGACCCCAUCUUGGCAACAGCCUCCAUGCUGUGCCCUGUGCCCUGUGUCGAGGUGAGUGCCCAGCCUGGCCCCCAGCCAUGCCAGGGCUCGAGUGAGAUCCUCCUGGUGCUGCUGGCCCUCCCCUAUUCUGUAGCCCCCAAGGAGGGCUGGGGGGCCUGGCGUCACUGACUUGUCACACAAGGUCCCUACCAGCAGUCCGCUCCGUGGGAGGCAUCUUGGGACCCAGCUCAGAAGCUGCAGUGACCCGCCUCAGCCGGAGAUCCUGCCCACCCAGCUGCCUGGAGAAGGGCCCACUGAAGGGGAGCCCUAGGCCCUUCCUGGGUCCUUGCCUGCGCUGUGGGCACCUCUGCUGUGUCCUGGGAAGAUGUGCCUUCCUCACACCUGCCGUGCACACGGAGCCUGGGACCCCAGCCCUGCCCUCGAGCUCCAGCUGCUCUGCAUCUGUGGUUGGGAUACGGAUGUCAAAAAGCAACAUGGUUUCGCCCAGACAUUCUGCCUUACUCUGGAUUCUCAGAAAAGCAAGUAGCCCAGUCUGGACUUGAGGACUUUUGCAUUUCACUCUAAGGAGUAAAGCUGUCCCGACGUGGGUCUGCUGGCCUGCCCUCCCCAGGGCUUUCAGACUCAUGUAAACAAACAAGGGGCCUUGGAGAGGGACUUGUGGGCAGAUGACGGGGCUGCCCGCAGCUCAGGGCGUUCAGUCUCAGCCGCCUGGAGGCCUCUGGAAUUACCCACUGGAGGCCAGGCCCGGGAAAGCUGCUGUUUACCCACCAGCCUGCUCACUCUCUGGAGGAAGUUGGGGCCGGGUCAGGAAUCACAGGGUAGUUUCUGAAACUGCUUAGAUGUUUGGGGGAAAGGCGAAGGGGCUAGGACACCGAGAGGGACUCACAUGGGAACCUGGGGACGUUGCCAUGCGGUGGACAGUAUUUGCCCAGAUGUCUCGUGCAGGGACAAUGUGGGUGCACCGUGCCUGGAGCUCUGGCUAGAAGGGGCCGGAGGAUGCCCCACCACGCUGAGUGGUGCGCUGGGUGUCUUGACUUGAAGAUAUGGACCCCAUGUUGGACGAAAUGAAGCACUCCUUUGCCUAAAGUCCCUUCACAAAACCUUCGAUCCUCUGAAACUUUUGAUCCUCAGAAAAUUUGUAAGGUCCCUUAAAAAUACCAAUCGUAAGUUUUCAGGAAAUUAUCUUUGAGAUUGGAGAGUAUUUGAGAACAUCUGAGCAGGAAGGGUCGGGCCAACGGGGGUCCCUCUUCACCCACCCUCCCCCAGAACAGGGGGUCCCUCUUCACCCAUCUACCGAGGUGGCCAGCUUCUGUGCCCUGUGUCGAGGUGAGUGCCCAGUCUGGCCCCCAGCCCUUCUGGGGUCAAGUGAGACCCUCCUGGUGCUGCCAGCCUUCCCCUAUUCUGUAGCCCCCACGGUGGGCCUAGGGUCGACUGACUUGUCUCACAAUGUCCUCACCAAUCCCCUCCGUGGGAGGCAUCUUGGGACCCAGAGGUCUGCAGACACUCCAUGCAGGGAGCCUGCUAGGAGCUGGGGCAGCCAUUCCUACUGCUGGAGUUUCUUUUUAUUCUCCGAGACAAACCCUUCCUCCAUAUAGUUCCCACUCUCUGGUCUGAGACCUAUUCUCUGAGGAUAUUUAAAAGAAAGCCUUUCUUGUCAUCAGACUCCCUUUGGCUAUUUGCAGAAAGAGAUUCUGGGCCUUCCCAUGGCCCUCCCUCUGGGCUGGGCUGGGCUGAGCUGUCCCGCAGCUUGGGAAAAGAGAGUUCCAAAGUAGCAGCGUGAAUGUCCAGCUUUGGGAUCGAGGAGAAGACUGAGGGGUAAAUGGAAGCCUUGGACUUGGGGCCCGAGCUGGGAGGGGCCCAGCCUGCAGCCCUGAUUUCAACUCAGGGCCAGUGUGGGGCCUGCUCCCCGCCACAGGCAGCCAGCCCAGGGCUCCCUCCUCUGACUGUGGUGCCCCUGUGGGGUGGAGGAGGGAGAUAGAGGGCUGUGGUCAGGCCUCACCCACCCCAUCCCCAGGACUCCAGUUCACGCCCAGACCUUACAAUCAAACCCAGCCGUUUACCCAGUGUCUCCCUGCCAUGUGGCUGGUCCGAGAGCUGGGGCGAAUUUCCCUGCCCUGACCAGUGGUCAGGGACCACUUCUUAACUUAUGUCCGUUCUGACGUCCAGGUGGGCAGAGGACAAGGCCCCUGCUGCUCAGGGUAGCAGAUGGCAGGCCAUAAGGGACCUUCCCACGCACGAGCAACAUCCCUCUUCCUGAACAGUUGUAUUCAGGGAGUGACGGUAAGUGAUGUGUCCCAAGGAAGUUACUGCGUUCAAAGGAAAUUUAUUCUUUCCCAAGGCAGUCUGGUAGGUGGUAAGCUGUUUUCGGUUUGUAGAAUCUCUCAGGCUGGGGCACCCCCUGAAAUGGAAUAAGAGGCUGAAUCCAGAGCCUCGGUCUUCUCUCACUCCUCCCCGGGGCUGAGAUCAGGGAGACCAGUCAUCCGGAAUGGCUUGUUGGUCUAAACGGAAAUGAACAUCUGUGCAGGGACAAGGCAGUUCUCUGGCUGCAGGUUCUUGGGUGCCUUCUUUCCCACCCGUGUUCUUGACCGUGUCCUCCAAGAGGUAACAGUGGGGGGUGUAGGGUGGUAGGGGCAGGGCCUGAGACAGAUGAACUCCCAGCAUAAGGCUUGAUUAGAGGUCAAAAUGAGAAUAUUAAAAGUUUCAAGGUCGGCUCUGUGGGCCUAAGGAGGAGCUGGCAGGGGCCGCCUUGGGCUCCUGCACCCUCCCGCAGGUCCCCCACCCUGGCCUGGCACCCGUACUGGGCAUGCACCCUGGGGCUAUGCCCAGGGACCAGAGGAGCACAGGUCACCAGUGGUUAUGAGCGAGGUGCAGCAGAGAGGCCCGUCUACUGCUCUCUGGAGCGUGGACACAGAACAGCAGCAAUGUGCAGGUGGGGAUGGCUUCUGAGGUCAGACUUGGGUUUGAAUCCCAGCGCUACCGCUCAGCAGCUGGGCGAUCGUGGUUAUGUGCAGCCCAGGGGUCACACGGGUCCAGCUGUUUCCUGAUACCACUGGGUAUCAGCCUCUAUCCGAUGGGGUCAUGGGAUUCUGCUAGAGGCCGCCUGAUCUGUGGCUCGUGCUUGCUCCUGGCAGCUUGUGUCCUGGGCACAGCGUGGCUGCCCCCUGCCACGAGCGAGCCCUUCUUAGGCUGGCAGAAUUCAGCUCCAGGUACUCUUCAAAAGUGCGUUGUAAUUGGUUGUUGGUUCCAGCAAGCCUGUGUUGGCUCUAGUAAGGUUCACCAGGGCUAUCAGGCUCUCCUGGGACCUGGCCUCCCUUGGGGCCAGGUUGCAGUGGGAAACCCCACAGUGAAUAGGCUCCUUCUUGCUCUGUGUGGUGCCCCAGAGAACCCCUCAAGUCAAAGUCCUGGGACUGGGCUAUUUGUUCGAUGUCUGAAACUCGGCAGCGUUUGCAGUGUGCUGUGGGUCCCUCUGCAGGGGACAUCCUGCUUACAGUUCUAGUGCAUUCUAGUGCUGCUCAAGAUUUUUCUCGAGUGGCCUCCCUCGCCCCCUUUUUCCCUCUCUCCUGUCCUUUUAAAAACACCUGUGAUGAGCCAGGCCCAAGUCUAGCUGCAGAGACAGACUUGCUUUUGUGGGUCCCGUGUCCAGUGGAUGGAGACCGAUGACAGUGCAUAACUGAUCAGUGAACAAGGUGACUCCAGAAUUCAUCAUGCCGUGUGCUAUGAGAAGCCCCCAUCAGGGGUCUGUGGCAGAGCUUCUGUAGGGGAGGACCAGCUCCGGCCACGUGGCCGGGGAAGGCUUCUCUGAGGAGGUGUCCUCUGAGCUCAACCCGAGUGACACGACAAGUGAGGGGCUGGGGACCUGCGGGCAGAACAUUCCAGGAAGUCAGGAGAACAGCCGCUGCAAAGUCCCCGAGGUGGGAAUGCUUCUGGCCUGGAGAUUCAGGAAGCAGGGUGGAGAGAAAAAGGGGGUGAACAGGAAAGCCAGCGGGCCAGAUCACAGAGGGCUUGCUGGGCUCCUGGGAGACACUUAGAUUUUCUCGUAAAAACCUCAGUCCACGGUGGUGUGCCUUUUUCUCUAUUAGAACAAUAAACAUCCUGGUAUUAUCUCAGGAAUAGGCGUGAAGGGCCAAAGCAGUGGCACCAAAGGUUGCCUGAACCUCUUUCUGAGGGCCGUCUAGGAAAGAGGCAGCAGGGCCUGGGCGCCGGGAAGUAGUUGGCCAGGCUUUCUCAGAAAAGGCAGAGUUUGGAGUGCCUGGGUGGCUCAGUCAUUAAGCGUCUGCCUUCGGCUCAGGGCGUGAUCCCGGCGUCCUGGGAUCGAGCCCCACAUCAGGCUCCUCCGCUAUGAGCCUGCUUCUUCCUCUC